AUGAUUGCUUGCUUCCCCAAGGCGUGUAAUCCAUACGAACAAACCUUAUCAACUGUGAAUUUACACCUAACUACAAAAUCGUGGACAACACUAAAUCAAAUAAUGCUCUCGGUGCAAGUGCCGGGGUGCGCGGGCAUGGAGCGGCUGGGCGCGCCGGGGGGGCCGCGCCUGCGUCACGAUCACAGACAUCAUUCCACAUUGGAAUGGGAGAAACAGCAGAGGCUGCAGGCGAUGGUGGGGCGGCUGCAGGAGAUGGUGGAGCAGGAGACGCGCGCGAGGUCUGCCGCGGCGGCGGAACGGCUCGGUCUGCCGCCCAGCAUACGGCUGCCGGACGGGGAGUAUGGCCAGGACGCCCACCUGCAACUGCGGGUGCCUUACCAGCAAGCCGAGCUGACGAGGAGCAGCUUCCAGCCGCCGCCAAACAAGUGCGUGAGCGACGUGCCCGAGUGGGCGGGUGCGGCGGAGGCCGGGCCGGCACGGCGCGCGGGCGCCAAGAAGGACGGGCUGCUGCAGAAGGCAACGCGCUGGUGGGUGCGGAUGGGCGCGCGGCCGCCCGCGCCCUUCCCCGCCGCGCCGCCGCCCUGCGUCAUGGUGCCGCGGCGCCCGCCGCCGCCCCUGCCGCCGCUGCCGCCCCUGCCGCCCGUCGCCGCCCGACGCGUGACGCCUCCCCCCCGCAUCACCCCUCUACCAUAUCACGCUUACAUUCCAUUAUCGGGACGAUCACACUCGCCGAAGUGCACGCGCGUCCCGGAGUAUUAUAGACUUGCUAAUUUAUUUAUUUGGGACUCGCGCCCGCGACGAGUCACACGAACGCGUACCUUGUGA